AUGCCAGGCCACGGAUGUGACAACGGUGGACAGGCCGCUGUCGGCCACCGCCUGAUGCCUUCCCCGGGUCUGACAGCAGUGAUGUGUGUGUGUCGCACCCAGCAGUCCCCACCUCGCCCUCGCCCAAUCCCGCAGCGAGAGGCCGCAUGCUCCGGGCAGAGGCCAGUCUGCCCCAGGCAGAGGCCAGUCCGCCCCAGGCAGCGGCCAUUCCCCCCACGCAGAGGACAGUCCCCCUCAGGCAGAUUCCAGUCUGCACUAGGCAGAGGCCAGUCCCCCGCAGGCAGAGGUCUGUCCCCAGUGGGCAGAGACCAGUCCCCCCCAGGCAGAGACCAGUCCCCCCCAGGUAGAGUCCAGUCCCCCCCAGGCAGAGGCCAGUCCGCCCCAGGCAGAGACCAGUCCGCCCCAGGCAGAGAGCAGUCCCCCCCAGGCAGAGAGCAGUCCCCCCAGGCAGAGACCAGUCCCCCCCAGGCAGAGAGCAGUCCCCCCCAGGCAGAGACCAGUCCGCCCCAGGCAGAGACCAGUCCGCCCAGGCAGAGACCAGUCCGCCCCAGGCAGAGACCAGUCCGCCCCAGGCAGAGACCAGUCCCCCCAGGCAGAGACCAGUCCCCCCAGACAGAGGCCAGUCCCCCCAGGCAGAAGCCAGUCCCCCCAGGCAGAGACCAGUCCCCCCAGGCAGAGACCAGUCCCCCCCAGGCAGAGGCCAGUCCGCCCCAGGCAGAGACCAGUCCGCCCCAGGCAGAGAGCAGUCCCCCCAGGCAGAGAGCAGUCCCCCCCAGGCAGAGACUAGUCCCCCCAGGCAGAGGCCAGUCCGCCCCAGGCAGAGACCAGUCCGCCCCAGGCAGAGAGCAGUCCCCCCAGGCAGAGACCAGUCCACCCCAGGCAGAGACCAGUCUGCCCCAGGCAGAGACCAGUCCCCCCCAGGCAGAGACCAGUCCCCCCAGGCAGAGGCCAGUCCCCCCCAGGCAGAGACCAGUCCCCCCAGGCAGAGACCAGUCCCCCCCAGGCAGAGGCCAGUCCCCCCCAGGCAGAGACCAGUCCGCCCCAGGCAGAGACCAGUCCGCCCCAGGCAGAGAGCAGUCCCCCCCAGGCAGAGGCCAGUCCCCCCAGGCAGAGACCAGUCCCCCCAGGCAGAGACCAGUCUGCCCCAAGCAGAGACCAGUCCCCCCAGGCAGAGGCAAGUCCCCCCAGGCAGAGGCCAGUCCCCCCAGGCAGAGAGCAGUCCCCCCAGGCAGAGACCAGUCCCCCCAGGCAGAGGCCAGUCCCCCCAGGCAGAGACCAGUCCGCCCCAGGCAGAGAGCAGUCCCCCCAGGCAGAGGCCAGUCCCCUCCAGGCAGAGGCCAGUCCCCCAGGCAGAGGCCAGUCCCCCCCAGGCAGAGACCAGUCCCCCCCAGGCAGAGGCCAGUCCCCCCCAGGCAGAGACCAGUCCCCCCAGGCAGAGACCAGUCCCCCCCAGGCAGAGACCAGUCCCCCCCAGGCAGAGGCCAGUCCCCCCAGGCAGAGACCAGUCCCCCCAGGCAGAGGCCAGUCCCCCCAGGCAGAGACCAGUCCCCCCAGGCAGAAGCCAGUCCCCCCAGGCAGAGACCAGUCCCCCCCAGGCAGAAGCCAGCUCCCCACAUCCUAUUUUAG